AUGAGUUAUCUUGGUGUUAGCUGUAGUGUGUCAAACAGCUACGAACAUCCCGGAUUCUUCCAUUUCCUGCUCAGCCGCGUCCGACGCGCGCACUGCGAACAAGUCGGAGCAAGUUUCAACCUGUCGACUGUGGCGCUCGCCCCGCCUUUGCCCGACGUGACGCGGCGCGGCGCGGCGCGCCAGUCGCAGGCAGGUCGCAGGUCAGUCGUCAGCGUGGACAGUCGUAGCUGGGGCUGGAUAUACUCUUUGGGGCUGGACGGACGGUGGAGAUCUCUGGUUCGAGCUUCGGAACCUCACGUCUUCGAGUGGAAAGUAGUGUUCCAGGUAGGUUCUUGUGUGAAAGUUACAGUUAGUGUAAUUAUGAAUAGUCAAGCUGAGGAAGCAGCUAUUGUAUCAGAAGGUGUAUUGGAGAGAAGUAUUUAUGAAUUUGGAACUAGUGAUGUGGACAUGUUCUUGAAAUCAGAACAACAUUAUGGGGUAGGACAUUGUCUCCAUCAAGAUGCAACUUUUUGUGUGGGAUCAAGCCAAGAAAUUACAAAUACAGUGUUGUUUGAGAAUUUACCAGAUAGCACGCAACAGAACAUAGUGAUGCCAGUAAUUUCACCUGUGUCAACAAGUACUCAUCCAUCCAUGGUAAACUAUCCUGGCCCUUACAGCUUUGAUGUUCAGUUGAAUAAGUCGGCAGGUGACAAGACAAAAUGGGAGCACUCCUCCAAGUUGAAUAAACUUUUUGUUGUCAUGGAUGCUAAAAUCCCAUUAUGGUUUAAAGUAAAGCCAGUGGAACCAGGCUUGCUUGUCAGAAUAUUGCCAAUUUUCUUGGCACAAGAUUAUUUUGCUGAGCCUGUGAAACGGUGUCCAACUCACAUUUCAAGCCUUGAGAAAUCUAACCAAGAUUUCUUUUAUGUGGAUCACAUCGUCAGAUGCCAUCACCAAGGCGUAAAGUAUCAGAAAGAUCCUGACAGUCAAAGACUAAGUGUAAUUGUUCCUAUAGAGCCUCCUCAACCAGGUUCUGAUUGGUUUACUAUAAUGUGUUCUUUCAUGUGCAAGAACAGUUGUAUUCUAGGAAUGAACCGCCGCAGCACAGCUCUUAUUUUCACAUUGGAGAGAGAAACAGGUGAAGUUAUUGGCAGAAAAUUGCUAAAUGUUCGCAUUUGUAGCUGUCCAAGACGAGAUAUGUCUAAGGAAGAGUCAGAUCAAAGUAAAAAAAAAAUAGAACCUGAGAAGGAGAUAAUGAAGAUGAAGUCUUGUGAUAAGAAAAUUUUGAUGAAGAAGCCUACAAAACUAUCAAAUGAAUUAGUCAAACUUCCAAUACCAAGAAAAUUUUUGAAGCCAUUAAAAGAAAUUAUUUUAUUGCACAAACACUAUAGGGACUUAACAGAGGAAGAAAAAAUAUUCUUGGAAGAUAUUAAUAAACAUUUGCUCUGAAAGUACUCGGAUUCACAGUUGUAAAGAGUGCAUUUGAAUGGAGACGUUAUGUUGGAGAUAGUCACAAGCCACAAAAUGGUGACAUUUCAGUAAAGCUGUUUUGAACUUAAGCUAGUUUCUGUAUAGAGGUUUCAAAUGAAUACUGAAAAUUCUACCUGGAACUUCCUGGGUCAUUUUAUUAAACAUUUGAGAUGGGGAGAAUAAAAAAAGACCAAGGAUCAUGUUAAUAUGUGUAGAUGGUCUGAGAAGUAGCUUGUGACAUUCUCUCUCAAAAAAAUAAAAUUACAACCAUUUUCACAGUUGAAAAUAUUUUUUUAAUUCAUGAAUCAUAAAUAAGUAAAUAGACUCUUUAUAAAAACCUGAGUCUCCAAACAAUUCUAAUGAAAUGUUAGAUUUUGUAAAGUCUUACAUCUGUACUUUAUGUAGUACUUUAAUUUAUUCACCACACCAUCGAUGAUUUUGAUGUAAUAACAAUACUGGAAAAUAAAUAAUAGUGGGAGAU